AAUAACAGGAAAAAUCCCCCCUUUUUCUUCGAUCCCCGCUCACCUAUUCUUCUUCUUCUUCGAUCGUCGCCGAAAGAGUAACAAUUCGAUCUAUCGAUUGUGGCGACUAAUUGGAGGGGAAAGGUUCAAGAUUUGUUUGUUGGGAGUUUAGAUGGAGCAAGAGAAGCGGCCAUUACUGUUCACCUCCGUCUCCGCCCCCCUUCCGGGCUCCGAGAUCGAAGACCCAUUCACCACGACCUCCGUCUCGUCCUCUUCUUCUAGUUCUACUUAUGAUGCCGUCGAUCUAGCCUCGUUUCCGCGCCGGAAGUCUGGACUCCUCCGCACGCGCACUGCACCGGCCAUGUCCGUCAUUCGCGGCGAGCUCCCGCUUGGCCGUGGCGGCGGCGCGGGGGAUGCUGAGCAGCCCGGCGUCAGCUCCUCCGGCUCGAUUCUCAAGCAGGCCGCCGCGUUGUUGCUGCUCUACCUCUCCCUCGGCGUACUCGUAUACUCCACCAACCCCCAGGGUUUCUCCGGCGUCGAGACCCACGCCGCCGUCGACGCGCUCUACUUCUGUAUCGUCACCCUCUGCACCAUCGGCUACGGCGACAUCGCGCCGCUCACCCCCGCCACUAAGGCCUUCGCCUGCGUCUUCGUCCUCGUCGGCUUCGGUCUCAUCGACGUCCUCCUCUCCGGCGCCGUCAACUACGUGCUCGAUGUGCAGGAGAGCGCCAUCCUCGCCGGCGCCCGGGGCGCCAGCUACAUCAUCGACGCGGAGAAGGGGCGGAUGCGGAUCCGGAUGAAGGUGGGACUCGCCGUGGGGGUCGUCCUGCUCUGCAUCGGGGCAGGCGCGCUGGCGCUCUACCUACUGGAGGAGCUGGACUGGAUGGACGCCGUCUACCUGUCGGUGAUGUCGGUAACGACAGUCGGGUACGGCGACCGGGCCUUCAAGACGUUGCCUGGUCGCGUUUUCGCCUCCUUGUGGCUGCUGGUGUCGACGCUGGCGGUGGCACGGGCGUUCCUCUACUUGGCGGAGGCCAGGAUCGAUAAGAGGCACCGGAGGAUCGUGAAGUGGAUCUUGCAGCGGGACUUGACCGUGGAAGACCUGCUCGCUGCCGAUCUCAAUCACAAUGGAUUCAUCAGCAAAUCGGAAUUUGUGAUAUACAAGCUGAAGGAGAUGGGAAAAAUCACAGAGACAGAUAUACUUUUGAUUUGCAAUCAGUUCAACAAGCUAGACCCCAACAACACCGGGAAAAUUACGCUCCCUGACCUACUGAGUGCCCCAAGAUGACGACACUGAAGGAGCUAUUAACAAGGCAUCAUUUGUUGUUGUACAUUGAAGCGACGAUUAUCUAAUACAUGAUUUUUUGGGAUCAUAGCAAUGUAAACAGUCAACUUUUUUUACUUUCUCCCCUUUUUACUUCAAAAAGGAAAAAAGGAAAGAAUUUACAGGGGUAUAAUCUUAUAGGCAGACUUAGUUUUAGCUGUGUCAAUAUAUUGAACCGCUGGAAUGUUUAAGAGCAAGAGCUAAAUUAUGGUUGACUGCACACCGAGCUCUUACGGUGGGCAGCUUUUAUUCA